GGUGAGGGCUGUGACUGCAAGUUCCUCCUGGCACUUCGCCUUUAUCCCGCAUCCCUCGCCAACAUCUCUCCUCCCCCUGCCUCCAGCUCGUCCCAAGCCCGCCUGUCCCCAGCGUGGAGGCGGGACCGGGUAAGAGUGGCAGAGGCUGGAGUUUGGAGUUUGACCUGCUCGGAGGCCCUCUCAGCAGUGGGCAUAUAGGACGGAGAGUCACCGCUGUCCUCUGAAGCGCGUGGCUGCAGAGGGAGAGGAGUCCCCUUCUCACGGCCAUCUCUGCCUCCUCCUGCCUCAGAAGCCACCAGCAGCCCCCGGGGCAGGUGAGCCCUGUGUCUAGAAUAAGGAUCGAGAGGGCUCGUUCAGGACCAUGGAGAGCAGUCCCAGCAGCCCUCGGCCUCCCCAGUCGGAUCCCCUGGAGGCGUUUCCCCAGAAGAGCCUGGAGCCAGGUGACAUUGCAGUGCUGGUUCUGUACUUCAUCUUUGUCCUGGCUGUGGGACUAUGGUCCACAUUGAAGACCAAAAGAGACACAGUAAAAGGCUAUUUCCUGGCUGGAGGGGACAUGUUGUGGUGGCCAGUGGGUGCAUCCUUGUUUGCCAGCAAUGUUGGAAGUGGACACUUUGUUGGCCUGGCAGGGUCAGGUGCUGCCACGGGCAUUUCUGUAGCUGCUUAUGAGCUUCAUGGCUUGUUCUCUGUGCUGAUGUUGGCCUGGAUCUUCCUCCCCAUCUACGUCGCUGGUCAGGUGGACAUGUACGCAGGCGCCAUCUUUAUUCAGCAGUCUUUGCACCUGGAUCUGUACCUGGCCAUCGUUGGGCUGUUGGCCAUCACGGCUGUCUACACUGUAGCAGGUGGCCUGGCUGCUGUGAUCUACACAGACGCUCUGCAGACUCUGAUCAUGCUGAUAGGAGCGGUCACCUUGAUGGGCUACAGUUUUGCUGCAGUUGGUGGGAUGGAAGGCCUGAAGGAGAAGUAUUUCUUGGCCCUGGCUAGCAACCGGAGUGAGAACAGUAGCUGUGGGCUGCCCCGAGAAGACUCCUUCCAUAUUUUCCGAGAUCCACUGACGUCUGAUCUCCCGUGGCCGGGGGUCCUGUUUGGAAUGUCCAUUCCAUCCCUCUGGUACUGGUGCACGGAUCAGGUGAUCGUUCAGCGGAGUCUGGCUGCCAAGAACCUGUCCCAUGCUAAAGGUGGCUCUCUGAUGGCCGCAUACCUGAAGGUGCUGCCCCUUUUCAUAAUGGUGCUCCCUGGUAUGGUCAGCCGCAUCCUCUUCCCAGAUGAAGUGGCAUGCGCAGAUCCAGAAAUCUGCAAGAAGGUCUGUAGCAACCCCUCUGGCUGUUCUGACAUCGCGUAUCCCAAACUCGUGCUGGAACUCCUGCCCACAGGGCUCCGUGGGCUCAUGAUGGCUGUGAUGAUGGCGGCUCUCAUGUCCUCCCUCACCUCCAUCUUUAACAGUGCCAGCACCAUCUUCACCAUGGACCUCUGGAAUCACCUCCGGCCUCGGGCAUCUGAGAAGGAGCUCAUGAUUGUGGGCAGGGUGUUUGUGGUUCUGCUGGUGCUGGUUUCCAUCCUCUGGAUCCCUGUGGUCCAGGCCAGCCAGGGCGGCCAGCUCUUCGUUUACAUCCAGUCCGUCAGCUCCUACCUGCAGCCGCCCGUGGCGGUGGUGUUCAUCAUGGGAUGCUUCUGGAAGCGGGCGAACGAAAAGGGUGCCUUCUCGGGCCUGAUCUUGGGCCUGUUACUAGGCUUGAUUAGGCUGGUCCUGGACUUUAUUUACGUGCAGCCUCUGUGUAACCAGCCAGAUGAGCGCCCUGCUGUGGUGAAGAGUGUCCAUUACCUCUACUUCUCCAUGAUUCUGUCCACAGCCACCCUGAUCACUGUGUCCACUGUGAGCUGGUUCACAGAGCCCCCUUCCAAGGAGAUGGUCAGCCGCCUGACCUGGUUCACUCGUCACAACCCCAUGGUCCAGAAGGAACAGGUGCCACCAGCAAUUCCCCUGCCUCUCACCCUCUCUCAGAACGGGACGCCAGAGGCCAGUAACACCACCAUCCAGUUUGACAUCGUUCAAGAAAACAUGUCCAAAACCCACAGCUGUGAUGUGACCCCAAAGCGGUCCAAAGUGCUGAAGGCCAUCUUGUGGCUCUGCGGAAUGGAGAGCAAUGCCAAGGAGGAGUCCCCGAGCAAAGUGGAAGCCGCCAUAGUGUCCUUGGAAGAAAAGCCCUUGGUGAAGACCCUCCUGGACAUCAACCUCAUCGUCUGUGUCAGCUGCGCCAUCUUCCUCUGGGGCUACUUUGCUUAAUGUGGGGUGAACCCAGCGGUCCAAGCUCUCCGUUUAUCUUCAGUGCCCCAUUUUUUUAUGAAAGGAAAAAUAAUAAAGCUUUUGUUUGUUUACCACGAGG